AUGAAAAAUUUAUGGAAGAAGGCGAAUAAUCCGAGAAAAACCUGUGAUUCGGUGAAUUUUAUGUCGGGACACGAUAAAAGCCCGGCUAGUGAUAAUGCCUUCGAGUUUGAUGAUGUUCGGGUGGUCGAGCCUGCGGAGGAUCGAAAUCUCCCGGGCCAUGAAUGUGAUGCUGUCCGUAUCCGACCUCAAUGGGACCCACCCGUCGACGGCUUCUCCGGCCACCGCCGUCAGCCAGGCCGGCCAUUCUGCCGCCGCCAGCUGGACCUCUGGCAGCCUCCUGAGUAUAAUCUCCGGCGGCGCCAGCUCAUCAUUCCUUUUCACGACGGCCUUCAAAUCAUCCGAAACAUCGUCAAGAUUGUGACUUUUUUCCGCAUUCCAAGAUUCCCUGUCGUCUGCCACGUCACCAGUCCCCUCCAACACCGGCUCCUUCUCGGGCUCCACAUUUAUUUCUUCAAGCUGCCCGACAUGAAUUGGGCUGGGCUCGGCUCGAGGGCCAGACUUGCUGGGCACCACAUUUAUUUCUUCAAGCGGCCCGACAUGAAUUGGGCCGGGCUCGGCUCGAGGGCCCGACUUGGUGCUCUGGCUGUGGCCCUGCAAACGGGCCCUCGCCUUCUUGGAGCUGACGCAGCCCAUGGCCGGCUAGAACCCAUCAACAGCUUUCGAAAACGACAUGAAUAUGAUGAACUUAUUGGAAUUUCAGGCCCGAGCCCAAAAAUGGGGAGACCGACCCGAAAGGAUAUUGGAGGAGGUUGA